ACGUCAUCUGUCGUUGUCGGCGGUGUGUUAAAGGAAUGUAAUGUAAACAAUGAUAAGUGUAUGUUAGUUAUUAUUAUUUUGUAAUUUUGUGUGUUUUGUGAAUACAAAUUUAGGAACUUUAUAUUCAGUAGUAAAUCUGGAUUAACGCGUAACUAAAGUACUCUACUGAAAUAAUUAUAUAAGUGCAAUGGGAAACAUAUACACAGUUGGACCAAAUGAGGCCCUAAUCGUUUCAGGGGGUUGCUGUGGGUCCCAAAAGAAGUCCACCAUAGUUGGAGGAUGGGCCUGGGCCUGGUGGCUGGUCACCGAUGUUCAAUAUCUCUCAUUGGAGGUUAUGACGCUGAACCCAAUGUGUGAGAUGGUGGAGACGUCGCAAGGUGUUCCUCUCACAGUGACUGGGGUCGCCCAGUGUAAGAUCAUGAAGGCAGACGAACUGUUGCAAACUGCUUCUGAACAGUUCCUGGGCAAGAGUGUGAAGGAAAUCAAGUCUACAGUUCUGCAAACACUGGAGGGCCACUUGAGAGCUAUUCUGGGAACAUUGACUGUAGAAGAGGUGUACAAGGACAGAGACCAGUUUGCAGCACUAGUACGUGAAGUUGCAGCCCCAGAUGUAGGCAGGAUGGGCAUUGAGAUCUUGUCCUUUACCAUCAAGGAUGUUUAUGAUGAUGUGCAAUACUUGUCCUCGCUGGGUAAAGCCCAGACUGCAGCUGUCAAACGUGAUGCUGACGUCGGUGUUGCUCAGGCCAACAGGGACGCUGGAAUUAGAGAAGCUGAAUGUGAGAAGUCAGCAAUGGACAUAAAGUACAACACUGACACCAAGAUAGAAGACAACUCCAGAAUGUUCAAGCUACAAAAGGCAAAUUUCGACAAGGAAAUCAACACUGCGAAAGCUGAAGCACAACUAGCUUACGAACUUCAAGCCGCCAAAGUACGCCAGAAGAUCAGAAACGAAGAAAUACAAAUCGAAGUCGUCGAGCGUAGAAAGCAAAUCGAAGUAGAAGAGCAAGAGGUACAGAGGAAGGAUAGAGAACUGAAGGCGUUGGUGCGACUACCUGCCGAGGCUGAGAGUUACAAGGUUCAGACAAUCGCAGAGGGUAAAAGAACGCAAGCAGUGGAAGCAGCCAAGGCAGAAGGGGAGAAGAUCAAGUUGCUGGGAACUGCUGAGGCCCAAGCCAUCGAGUGUGUGGGCAAAGCUGAUGCCGAGAGGAUGCGAGUGAAGGCUCAAGUGUAUAAACAGUACGGUGACGCAGCCAUCAUGUCUCUGGUAUUGGACGCCCUGCCUAAGAUUGCUGCAGAAGUAAGUGCUCCACUGGCCAAGACAGAGGAGAUUGUCUUGCUGGGAGGCAGUGAUCACAUUACCGGGGAAGUGAACCGUCUGGUCAGUCAGAUCCCGCCUUCAGUCCACGCGCUCACCGGAGUUGACCUCUCCAAAGUCCUUAGCAAAGUCCCAGGAGCGAAAUAAUGCAGUUCACCAAUAGCGCUUAGAGCAAAUUCUCUCACCAUUUACCCAGUACUAUCCUUUUCUAUUAGUUAUUUUUAUAUUUCUUACUAUAGUUAUAUUAAGUGGAUAUGCUUUGUUGCCAUAUGAGCUACUUUUAUCUAAAGAGAAAAUAACCUUAGUUUAAGUGUAUCUUACUUAUCAUGCAUAAAUUACAGGCCACAAAAACACUACAAUAUAAAUAUGGUAGUUGAAAUGAUUAUAAAAUUGUUCAUACCUGGCUGUUGUACCACAACAAAGCUUAUUAAGGUCGAAAAAUGUUUGAAAGUUCUUAUUGAAACUCUUAAAAUAACAAUCUAUGUUUACUCGUAAACUUGAUCUAAAACAUUUUAGAAAAACAUUUGAUUGUAAAGUAUUGUCUAGAACAGUCUUUGUUUCAUACAUGCUGAAAUCUGCAUUUUUAUCAAUUAAGGUUUAGGUAUGUAUCAAAAUAUUAUUAGAAAUAAGCCAUGACAAUGUAAUUUUUUUAUGUUCUUCCCCUUACUGUAAAUCAUUGAUUUUUCCUGGAAGAUGUCGUAGUAACAUUAGCCUUUUUACAUAGUUACUAAAAUUAUGUACAAAUAUGUGUCAUUAGAACUCGAGUACAAUUUCAUGUUGACGAGGCAGGACAAUUUAUAAAGCAAUGCUGUUAAAUGUAAAUGAUUCUUGUUCUUUUGAUUCUUAAAUUGAUAUUAGUGAAAAUGUGUUUCAAGUUUAAAUGAGAACAACAGCCCUUCUUAAACCUAAUGUCAUAAUUUUCUAUUAGUUUACUAAUAAAUUUCUUGCAAACACAUAUUAUCUUUUGCCUCUAGCGACAUAGAUCUGUGUUUGUACAUGUUAUUACAGAUGAAUCUAGUCAGGAAACAUGUCAAAGGAAUAUCCUGCUAAGUAUUUUAUGGCUGUCUCUUAUUUUAUGUGCAUUUGUAUAAAACAUUAGUGUAUGUAGCAUUGGUUGAACGUGUCUUCUUUUUACUCAAGACCAAAAUACCCAAAAAAGCACCUACUAUUUAUCUUAACGGUUGCUUAUUGAUAUAUUCUCAUAAAACUUAGCGAGGAGUUAAUUCUAAUAUGAAGUAACAUAAAAUUAAUUUGUUUGUGCUUGGGCCCAAAGGAAGACAAUGUUCUUAUUGUACAAAAAUAAAAAUAAAAACAGCACGGGAAUGAUACACCAAACUUCACAACUCCCAUUAAUAUUCACUCACAGUUAAGGAUAGAUUCAGCGGUGGAAAAGAAAAUUACAAGUAUUCCCUUACAAUGUUCAUGAGGAAACAAACGAGUCAUUCUUGUUCUAAAUGUUUCUUCAAAUCACCCAUCUAUUUUUCUGUAGUUGCAGAUUUAUAAAUUCUCUUAUACGCUAGUAGAUAUUUUGGAGGAUUUUACUAUCUGUAAAUAUGUUGUAGAUUGUCAACAAUUCAUUCAUUUUGUAUUCAUUUCUUCUUAAAUAUUAUGCAACAAGACAUUUUGUUUUAGGCAUGUGAACAAAACUUUGGUUACCUUAGGAGUGUUUAUACCACUCAUCUCUAAUGUAGGCUAUUUCUUGAAACUAACUUUAUUUUAAUGAAGACAAAAUUACAUAGUCUGAUAACAAAAUCAUUUGCCUUGCAUAGGUUGCAUAAUUUGUUCAUAGUUUUUUUAUUUCAAGAUUUGUAUUUUUUUAUUAGCAUUUUCAACACUUUAUAAAAAAUGUCUCACGUCCAUGUAAUUGAUUUGCUUUAAGUUUUGUGUUUUUCAUCUACCGCUAUGAAUUUAUUCACUGCCAUUCGUUUAAUGUCGUGUUAAUAGGGGAGAGUGGUGUAAUUUUGUUCUUUACCUUAGGUUAAGUGAAAGUUAUACGCAGUUUGGUCCAUAAUACUCCACUGCAAUAAUCGUACGGUUUGUAGUUUACCAGAUCCAAGCCUAGAGCUGCACAGAAAUGUCUCUACCAUCACGAUUAAGAUUACGAUGUGUGUUCAUCUUAGCUUGAAUGUAACGUUGUGAUAGUUUGUGACAACACAGGAUGUAAAUCAAUCAUGGUGUUCAUACCUUAGUAUCUGGUACAGUUUUUCUAAUAAAGGUAUAAUCUUUU